AUGGAGAUAAGCACAAUGAUACAAGGAAGGCCCCCAAAAGCCUAUGGUCAAAGGAUGGUUUAUACCGGUCCAGAUGGAAUUGGAGACUACAGUGCAAGAUUGAUCAACUUUCCCCGCUAGAUUGGGGUUCGCCCUUUGUCACCUAUGGGUACAAGCGAUUUGAAUGACCUGUGCCGGCCUACUCCCUGCACCCCACCCCCCAAACAGUGCUACAUUAGAGGGGUGGGAUGGGGCAUGCAAUAUCACCAGCAGCUGAACAGUAGGACGCUCAGCAAUACGCAAAUUAAGAGAGCUGAAUUCCGCUCCGGCCUUGAGGACAGAGUCACCAACAGAUAUCAAAACCCAUGGCAUUCACCGCCCCACUUUCUAAAUAAGCAAUCUGUCGAGGCCCGCAGCAAAUUCGUUUGGGCGCACAACAAGUAUGAAAAUUACAGCCAAGACAACAACAAAUAUGUUCUUCUCAACAGUAAGUCAUUAACUCUAGGAAUGUGA